GACACAAUUUCCGUUGCGUCCGUAGCAUCGAUAUGAUCUUUUGAGUCGAGCAACAUAACUAUAUUUUAACAACCCCGUCUCUUGUCGAUUGUUGCCGGAGGUGUUGCGUUAUUUGUGUCUUUUCGCAAGACGCCUAUUCCCGUGUUUCAUGGUCAACUCUGCAGGGGCUGCCGCCCUCCGGCAGCUCUGAGCUCCGUCCAGCCGGCCAGAAAAAACUGACCCUCUCUCUUUACCAAACAAAACUUUGUUGAAUCUCCGGCGCAUGCACUCGUCCGUCGUUUCCCUUAGGAAGCACCAUCAGGGUAUCUCAUGCGCCUGACGAUCGCUACCCAAGGAUGGCUCUCAAUCUCUCGUCUACGCUGCUUCACUGGCACUACAAGACGUGGCAGCGCAACACUGCUGGGUACCUGCGAACGUUCAUGCGCAACAAGCUGCCGAACAAUGAGAUGAUUGGAUACGUCAUCAACGACAAGCAUCCGAAGUCGAUUCGAGUUGCCUGUGACAGGUUCAUGUACGUCAUGCGCUACAAAAAAACGUUCCGUUACACGAAGAAAGUGUGGGCACACGACGAGGAAAGCGAAGCAAGGCUGGGUGACGUGGUCAGGAUACAGCCGCUCGGAUAUCGAAUAGGUCCGUGGAAAAACUAUGUUCUGGUUCGUGUCCUCCAUAAAGAACCUCGAGACUAGGGCUUCGUGUGUCGGAGAGCUGAAGUGCCGUGAAUUUUAAGGAUCACCCCUGUAUAGAGCUCCGGCGUGAGCUGCGUGGUUGUCGCAACGGGGUUCACGGCCCCACGCUAGGUAUGCAUGUUUCUCUGCUGUCGAACAUGUGUUGACUUAUGUGGGAACGCGUCUUCAAAUAACUGUGUGUACC